AUGUACCUCACCGUCCUCGCCUCCACGGUCUCCAUUUUCGCCGCACUAGCAACCGCUCAAAGCCCAUCCGGUUAUGGCUGGGCCAACGGCAACCAAGGCUACGGCGGAAGCCACGACGCCGCAGCGGCCUGCGCAAACAUAGCUCACAACUUCCACUACGCCAACACCACCGUAAACUUCGCCACCCACAUCCCGGCCGGAACCAACGUAACCCUCCCCUCAGCGGGUACCGUAGCCCAAUGCGCCACCCCCUAUCAAGUCGCCCCCGUAGACUUAUGCCGGAUUGCAAUGCUGGUCAAAACCUCCCCAAUCUCCAACAUCACCCUCGAAGCCUGGCUCCCCACAAACUGGACCGGCCGCUUCCUCAGCACGGGCAAUGGCGGGUUAGGAGGCUGCAUCCAAUACACCGACAUCGCCUACGGCACCAGCCUGGGCUUCGCAACCGUCGGAGCGAAUAAUGGCCACAAUGGCACUUCCGGCCAAGCUUUCUAUAUGAACACGGAGAUUGUGGCGGAUUUCGCCUAUAGGAGUUUGCAUACGGGUGUUGUGGUCGGGAAGGCUAUUACUGAGGUGUUUUAUGGGAGGCAUUAUGCCAAGUCGUAUUAUCUUGGUUGUUCGACGGGGGGGAGGGAAGGGUUCAAGGAGGUGCAGGAUUAUCCGGGGGAUUUCGAUGGGGUGGUUGUUGGGGCGCCGGCGGUGGCGUUCAAUAAUCUGAGUUCUUGGAGUGGAUCGUUUCUGCUCAAGACCGGGCCCACCAACUCUCCGACCUGGCUCAACCCCGCCGAAUGGGCCCUCGUGCACACCGAUAUCCUCUCCCAGUGCGACGCCCUAGAUGGCGUAGCAGACGGAAUAAUCGAGGACCCCGAUCUCUGCAACUACUAUCCCGAGACCCUCCAAUGCUCUCCAGGGGUGAACAGCACCACCUGCCUCAGUGCAGCCCAAGUCGGCACCGUCCGCUCGAUCUUCGAACCCUACUACGGCGCCAACGGAACCCUAGUCUUCCCACGCAUGCAGCCGGGAAGCGAACUAAGCGAUGCCUUCAUCUACUACACCGGCCAGCCAUUCCCCUACACCACAGACUGGUACCGCUACGCCAUCCUCAACUCCACGACCUGGCAAGCUUCCGACCUCAACGCUGACUACGCCGCCCUCGCCCACCGCAUAAACCCAUACAACAUCGAAACCUGGAACGGUGAUCUGAGCGCCUACAAGAACCGCGGAGGCAAGAUCCUGCACUAUCAUGGCCAGGCGGAUAGUAUCAUCACCUCCACCAAUAGCCCGCGGUACUAUGGGCAUGUUUCCGAGACGAUGGGUCUGCCGACGAAGGAUCUGGAUGCGUUUUAUAGGUUUUUUAGGAUCGGGGGGAUGGAUCAUUGUGCUGGUGGGGUCGGGGCGUGGGAGAUCGGCCAGACGAGUGCGGGGGCCGCGGGGGUGGAGGCGGUGCCGCAGAAUAAUGUGUUGUUGAGGAUGGUGGAUUGGGUGGAGAAGGGGAAUGCGCCGGAGACGGUUACGGGGACGAAGUUUGUCAAUGAUACCGUCAGUCUGGGUGUCGAUUUCGUGAGGAAUCAUUGCAAAUUCCCGCUUAGGAAUCAAUGUGUUGAUCCGGCGAAUUACAAGAAGCCGGAGGCGUGGAAGUUGGGUGCGAGACACAAACCUGCAGCGUUCGAGGACAAAGACCAGUCUUCCAGCUUUGUUUAUAUCGGAAGGGAUCUCGACAAGAUUUUCGCCAUCUUUACCACAGCGGGUGCUACAGUGCAAUCCGGUACGGCCACCGACGCCAUGGGUCUCAAUAUCAGUACUACGACAUCCGACGCCGCCGACAUGGCUCGCGAACAAUCUCUACCAGCCGAGCAGCUUUCACUUUCGACCAUCUACCUGCAAAUCGAGCACGCGACUACACCGUCCGGUAUCCUGGGUACUGCCGCCGACGCGACAGAAGCCGAGAUCAGGGAUGCCUAUCGUGCGCUGGCCUUGCGAAUCCAUCCGGACAAAGCGCCAGGUGACAGUGUCCGCGAGCUACACACCUCGCUGUUCCAGAAGGUCCGCGAGGCCUGCGAUACACUUCUCCAAGAAUCCGGAGCAGCACAUGAUAACGACGAGGGCCACCGAGCCGCAAAGUCAAGACGACUGCCCGAGACGGAGGAAUCGCUGCAUGCGCGGAAUCUGGACUUUCAGGAGGCGUUGAAGAAGGAGCGAAGCUGGGCGUUGGCGAAUAAGUUCGCGGCGGAUCAUGCGCAGAAGGUUUAUUUCACCAAGCUUGAGGCGAAGACUGAGAGGUUGAAGGAGAAGAGGGAUGAGAAGGCCAGGGUGGCGCAGGGCAAGAAGGAAGCGCAUGAGGAUAGGGUUCUGUCUGGAGCGGAGGAAAGCAGAGGAGAUUCGAGCGCGAAGGUCCACAUGAGCUGGGAGGAAGAAGAGGAGGCUUACCAGGCGGAACUCGAAGCCCGGAGAGUGGGUGAGGCAUUGAAGAAGUUAAACCCGAGGCCUCCGAGGCCUAGAGCGCCGCCGCAGAACAAAUCUACCUCUGCCACCGCCAAACCGACGUGGGAUCCCGCAAUGGACGAGCAGCUCGUCUCCAACUCCGAUAUUCAGGGCAGGUGGGAUAAGGCUCUCCUCGGCAGUGGACGCAGGGGUCCAGGAACACUUUCUUCAAGUAAGAGGAAGCGAAGGGAAAAUAAUUCUGCCGCUAGGGGCCAGAAGUAUACUCUACGCUUGGCGGAGGAAGCUGAUGCGGUGAUUCGACCGGCUUUGGCUGCGAAGGCGAAUGAGAAGACGUUUAGUGGGUUGGUUCAAGAUGCGUUGGUGGCGGAGGCGUUUGUGGGUGUGGAGACGAGGGAGGAUGUUAGGGUUGAGAAGACAUUGAGGUUGGUGGAUAGGGAUGUUGUGGAAAUGUAUUUGGUUGGGAGCGAUGGUUUGACUGCGCUGGAGAGAUCGAUGGGGUUGUUGGAGUUUGUGGAGUGA